GGCAAGAUGAACCGACGAAAGCGCGCUCAUGACGAUGACGAUGGAUACAGGUCCAAGAAGAGGAGAACCAACGAACAUAUGGAAAUAGAGGACAGGUUGGAGUCUCUUAUUCUCCGGGUAGGAGAGAAGAGCACUGCGUCCCUUGAGAGUAACCUGGAAGGGUUGGCUAGUGUACUAGAGGCUGAUCUAUCAACCUACAAGAGUAAGAUCUUGAAGAUAUUGAUCGAGUGUGCGAUAAAGCUGCCUGAUAAGUGUACGAUCUAUACAACUCUCAUUGGUUUACUUAAUACUAAAAACUACAACUUUGGAGGAGAAUGCGUAGAACUGCUGGUGAAGUCCACCAAGGAUUGUUUGAAAAGUCUCCGUUGGGCUGAUGCAAGGUUCCUGCUCCGGUUUAUGUCUGAUCUAGUAAACUGUCACGUGGUAUCUGCUGGAUCCCUGCUCCAGCUUCUAGACAACUUUGUUGAUGCUGCUCUAGAGGAGGGAGUCCCACAGGUUCGCAGAGAUUGGUUUGCGUAUAGUGUCCUCUCCGCUCUACCCUGGGUAGGGCGUGAACUCUAUGAGAAGAAGGAGAGUGAGCUUGACCGGAUGUUGGGAAGCCUGGAAGGAUACAUCAAGCGCAGGAAAAAGAUUCACCACAACGCACUCCGUGUUUUUAAAUCCGACCAUCCGCAUCCACAAGAGGAGUACCUGGACUGUCUCUGGCAGCAGAUAAAACGUCUCCGCUCCGACAUGUGGAUUGAGAAGCAUAUUAUCCGACCUUAUCUUGCCUUUGAUUCCACCCUCUGUGAGGCUCUGCAACAUAAUCUACCCAGUCUUGUUCCUCCCCCACACCAUCCUAGUACCCUGUAUCCUCUACCCACUGUUAUAUUCAGAAUGUUUGAUUACACUGAUUGUCCUGAGGGUCCUAUACUGCCUGGUCAGCACAGUAUUGAGCGCUGGUUGAUCGAGGAACAACUCCGGCACAUCAUGAUGUCCAACCACGAGGAGAGGAAGGAGUGCGCCGCACAGCUUCUUUCCUAUCCUCUCAAGAACAAGAUUCCACUUGAAUAUAUCAUUGUCGAGGUUAUGUUCGGAGAACUAUUCCGUCUCCCAAACCCCCUGUGUCUUGAGAUCGCGUAUGGAUCGAUUAUGAUUGAGCUUUGCAAACUUCAGCCUAGCACUAUGCCCCAGGUUCUGGCUCAGGCUACAGAGCUACUGUACGAAAGGAUUGAUUUGAUGAAUAAAACAUGUUUUGACAGAUUUGUAAACUGGUUCUCAUAUCAUCUGUCAAACUUUCAGUUCCGUUGGAGUUGGGAUGAUUGGGAUGAUGCUCUGAGCCAAGAUCCCGAGCAGCCUAAAGCCAAGUUUAUUCGUGAAACUCUGCUCAAGUGUCUCCGUCUCUCCUACCAUCAACGAGUGGUGGAGCUUAUCCCAGAAACAUUUGCCGCAUUUCUGCCUGAUAAACCAACUCCAAACUUUAAGUUUGCAGUGGACGGACCAUAUCCUGGCACUGUCGAGACAAGAGCUUCGGCAAACCUAAUCGCGGCUGUCAAGAGGAAAUGUACCUCCGAUGAGAUUCUUGUUCUCCUGAAGCAAGAGCUUGAUCCUCCAACAGGAGAAGACGAUAUCUCCGAGGCAAUCUAUAAUCCAGCCAAGAUAGAAGUGUUUGUUCAAACUCUGCUCUUUCUGGGGCAUAAAUCCUUCUCACAUUCCUUCGCUGCUAUUGCCAAGUUCCACUCCGUGUUUAAAAGCCUGGGUAGCUCCGAGGAAGCACAGAUAUGUAUGCUCCGAAGUCUCAUCGAACUAUGGAGAACUCAUCAGCAGAUGUUGGUUGUCUUGAUCGACAAGAUGUUGAAGACACAGAUCGUAGAGUGCGCCGCAGUUGCCAACUGGGUGUUUAGCAAGGAUAUGGUACCAGAGUUCUCCAAGUGUUAUAUCUGGGAGAUUGUUCAUCUAACUAUCAGGAAAAUGAACAAACACGUUUCCAAGCUGCAGAAAGAGGCAAGUGAAGCAAGAAAGCAGAUUGACGACAGUGACAGUGAUUCCUCGGACAGCGAGGACGAGACCAGAGGCCGGAGGAAAAGUAAAAAUGGAGAUAAACCAACCGUGGACCAGGUUGAGAAGCUAGAGGAUAGAUUGGAAACAGCUCAGGCAGACCAGAAGAACCUGUUCCUCAUCAUCUUCCAGAGAUUCAUCAUGAUCCUCUCAGAGCACUUGGUUCGCUGUGACACAGACGCAGUAGAUUUCAGGACUCCUUGGUUUCAGUGGACCAUUGGUAGACUUCAUCAGAUAUUCAUGAUUCAUCAUGAACAGGUUGAGAAGUACAGUACAACUCUGGAGACCCUACUCUUCACCCAGGAUCUGGACCCAAACAUCCUAGAUGUUUUUCACCAGUUCGUAGCACUCAGGAUGUAACUUGUUUCAUUUAACAGUUAUUAAAAGCAGUUAUGAUGUGUUUAACCGCAGUUAUGAUGUAUUUUACCGCAGUUGUGAUGUAUUUCACUGCAGUUCUGUUGUAUUUAACCGCAGUCAUGAUGUAUUCAACCACAGUUAUGAUGUAUUUAACUGCAGUUAUGAUGUAUUUAACCGCAGUUAUGUUUUAUUUAACCGCAGUCAUGAUGUAUUCAACCGCAGUUAUGAUGUAUUUAACCGCAGUUAUGAUGUAUUUAACCGCAGUUAUGUUUUAUUUAACCGCAGUCAUGAUAUAUUUAACCGCAGUUAUGGUGUAUUUAACCUCAGUUAUGACGUAUUUAGCCGCAGCUAGUUAUGAUGUAUUUCACUGCAGUUAUGAUGUUAUUAACCGCAGUUAAUAUUGAAAUAACCGCAGUUAUGAUGUUACUAACCGCAGUUAAUAUUGAAUGAACCGCAGUUAUGAUGCGACUAACUGUAGUUAAGACUGAAUUAACCGCGGUUAUGAUGCAACUAACUGUAGUUAAGAUUGAAUUAACUGUUGUUAUGUCUGAACUAACCGCAGUUAUGAUGCAACUAACGGGCGUUAUGAUGUAAAUAUAUCAUACGACAGUUAUGAUACUGAAACUUACUGCAGUAAAACUGCUAACUGUUGCAAAAUAAAAAGUAUUUAUACUU